AUGAAUCAAGAACAUCAAUUGGUUGGAAGAAGACUCAAUAUUGAUACAGAAAAGAAACUUCAUCUUGAAAAGCAAGCAACAUACGGAUAUUGUUUGCGAAUGUCCAGACUUGAAGCUAAUUGCCUUCGUGGACAAUCGGAAUACAUUGAACUUGCAACGCAACGAACUGGUGUAUUUUUUACGACACAAAAGCUGAAAAAAUUAAGUUCUAAUUUUUUUAGCGAAACGGAGCACUAUGAAGACGUACAAAGCUCUCUUGUAAGAGAGGUUAUCAACAUUUCUGCCUCUUAUUGCCCGGCAUUGGAAACACUAAAUGUAUUAUUGGCGCAUAUUGAUGUCUUGGUUACUUUUGCAGAUGUUUCCGUACGUGCACCUAUACCUUACAUUCGCCCAAAAAUGAGCGAUAAAGGUGAAGGCCAUGUUGUUUUAAAAAAUGCGCGCCAUCCUUGCCUAGAAAUUCAAGAUGGUGUUUCGUUUAUUCCAAAUGAUGUCGAAUUAAUUCGAGAUCAAAGUGAAUUGCACAUUAUCACGGGCCCAAACAUGGGUGGCAAAUCGACAUAUAUUCGACAAAUCGGUGUUAUUGCUUUGAUGGCGCAAGUUGGAUGCUUUGUUCCAUGCGCGGAAGCAAGUUUGUGCAUAUUCGACUGUAUACUUGCCAGAGUGGGUGCUGGAGACAGCCAGCUCAGAGGUGUAUCUACAUUUAUGUUGGAAAUGUUGGAAACUGCUACAAUUCUGAAGACUGCGACAAAAAAUUCUUUGAUUAUUAUUGAUGAGCUUGGACGGGGAACAAGCACUUAUGAUGGAUUUGGACUCGCUUGGGCCAUAUCAGAGUACAUCUCGACACAGAUACGCUGUUUUUGCUUGUUCGCAACACAUUUUCACGAAUUAACUGCGCUAAGUGAUGAAGUUCCACAUGUGCGUAACCUUCAUGUUACGGCGCACAUUGACCAGAAGGCUUGUGGAACCCGUGACAUUACACUGUUAUACAGAGUUACCGAAGGUGUCUGUGACGAGAGCUUUGGUAUUCAUGUUGCUGAAUUGGCCAAUUUUCCAGAAAUUGCUGUUAAACUUGCAAGAAGGAAGGCAAAUGAAUUAGAAGUUUUCAUGCAACAUGAACAAGAUCACAACGCGAAAGACAAAUAUUCAAAACAGGAAAUUGAGGAAGGAGGCACAAUCAUUAAGGAAUUUCUUAAAGAUAUUUCCCAGAUUCCUAAUAUUGAAUCUAUGAAUUACAGUUCAAUGCUAGAUCGAAUUCAGGAAGUGAAAAGCAAAUAUCAAGAAAAAAUUGAAGGGAAUCCAUGGUGCUGCGAUGUUAUAACCGGAUUUUAA